AUGAGGGGGGGACACGCCCGACGUAAGCCUAGCCGGAAGCAGCGGAUCCGUGGAGGCCUCGCCGCCCUCCGAGGGUGGACGGCGCCCGCGUGGGCCCCGACCGCCGCGCCCCGGGGCCCGGAGGAGCUGGCGCUGCCUGCGCCCUACGAGCUCGAGGUGACCGGCCUGCCCGCGCGGACCUCCGCGGAGGAGCUCCGCGCGGAGCUCGAGGCGCAGUUCGGGCCCGUGCUCGCCGCGCGCGUGCUCCCGCCCGCCGCGGAGGCCCCGCGGGCGCCCGCGCGCGUUCGCGUCGCCUUCGCCGACGCGGCCUGCGCCGACGCCCUGAUUCGGCUCUGCCACCAGAGGCGCGGCGUCGCCGUGCGCCACGUCGUGCGCGUCGACAGGCCGCUGCCGGCGGGCUUCGAGGACCGGGGAGGCGACGAAGACGUCGACGACGACGACGACGACGACUGCGAGGACAAGAUCUUCGAGGACUGCCACGGCCGCCUCUGGGCGGAGAGGCCCUGCGGCGCCCUGGAGCGCUACGUGUGGGGCGUGCCUCUGCACCGCGGCCCGGGUGCGCUGCCCCUCUGGGCCGGCGGGGAGCUGCGGCUGGCGGGCGUGGUCCCCUGGCAGCUGACGGAGCGGCCGCGGGCCUCGGCCCGCUGCGCACGCUGGCCGAGCACCGGGGCGCCGCCCGGAGGUGCCGGCAGGCCGGGGGCACGGCGUGGUCGUGCGAGCUGUGCGGCGUGUGGGGCCUGUCGUCGGCGGCGGACCUCGAGGCGCACGACGCCGGCAAGAUCCACCGGAAGCGUGUGCUGCUCGAGGAGCGCUGGGAGGCGGCGCGCGCGCGGGGCCCGAGGGCCCCCGAGAGGCCGGUGGUGGCCGCCGCCGCACGGGGCAGUUGCUGCCACUGCCUGGCUGGCAUCACCGCCCUCUGUGCGGGGGCCUGCGGGGCUCUGGGGCGCGCGCCGGGCGCGCCCGCGGCAGCGGCUGAGACCGCGGGCGGAACG